GUUGCUGGAGUCAGGAUGAGCGGCGACUUGCACUCCGUAAGGAAAAUCAUUCCUUGUCCAUCUCAUGAUACUAACUGCACCCAAAUCUCUGAGACGGUGUCUGCGUGGAACGACUCCGGGGUCAGCGCGUACCGGCUGGUUGACCUGAAUCCUGUGGCUACUUCGGUUGCCAUGGUAGAGGAGGCUCCUCAUCCCUUCCCCACAGUGGACGUGCCAGACCAUGCCCACUACACCAUUGGAGCCGUCAUCGGAGCCGUGGGCAUCACAGGCCUCGUGGGGAACUUUCUGGUCAUCUAUGCCUUUAGCAGGAGCAGGACACUUAGGACACCAGCAAACAUGUUCAUUAUAAACCUGGCCAUCACAGACUUCCUCAUGUGCCUCACCCAGACACCCAUCUUCUUCACCACCAGCAUGCACAAGAGAUGGAUAUUUGGGGAGAAAGGUUGUGAAAUGUAUGCGUUCUGCGGUGCUCUGUUUGGCAUAUGCUCCAUGAUCACGCUUAUGGUCAUCGCGGUGGACCGCUACUUUGUGAUCACGCGGCCGCUGGCCUCCAUCGGGGUCCUGUCCUGCAAGCGGGCCCUGCUGGUCCUGCUGGCCGCCUGGGUGUACUCGCUGGGCUGGAGCCUGCCCCCAUUCUUUGGAUGGAGUGCGUACGUUCCCGAGGGCCUCUUGACCUCGUGCACCUGGGACUACAUGACCUUCACCCCCUCGGUGCGGGCAUACACCAUGCUGCUGUUCUGCUUUGUCUUCUUCAUCCCCCUCAUCGUCAUCAUCUACUGCUACGUUUUCAUCUUCCGAGCCAUCCGCAACACCAACAAUGCUGUAAGCAAAAUCAGUGGGAACAACAACAGGGACUCCAUAAAGAGAUUCAACCGGCUGAGGAAUGAGUGGAAGAUGGCCAAGAUUGCCCUCAUUGCCAUCCUGCUGUACGUCAUCUCCUGGUCUCCCUACUCAGCCGUUGCCCUCACUGCCUUUGCUGGGUAUGCUGAUAUGCUGACUCCUUAUAUGAACUCUGUGCCUGCUGUGAUUGCCAAGGCUUCUGCCAUCCACAACCCUAUAAUCUAUGCGAUUACACACCCAAAGUACAGGUCUGCCCUGGCGAAGUACAUCCCGUGCCUGGGCACGCUUCUGUGUGUGCCGCCGCGUGAGUUGCGCUCCAUCCAGAGCAGCUUCGCCUCCACCCGCCGCUCCACCGUCACCAGCCAGUCGUCCGACAUCAGUGCGCACUUCCGCCGGCCCAGCUCUGGAAAGCCCCGUCUGUCCUCCGCUUCCGACAGCGAAUCGGGCUGGACAGACACAGAGGCUGACCUCUCAAGCAUGGGCUCGCGGCCUGUCAGCCGGCAGGUGUCCUGUGAUAUCAGUAAGGACACGGCGGAGCUCCCUGACUUCAAGCCCGGCAGCUCCUCCAGCUUCAAGUCCAAGCUCAAGAACCACGACUCGGGCAUCUUUGAGAAGACCUCCUCUGACAUGGAUGACGUCUCUGUUGCUGGAGCGGGUCACCCUGACCGGUCCUUGCCUCCAGGGGGUGGAGAAUCGACAGAUGGUGUGGUUUCCAGAGGAGGGAUUGGCCGGAUCCCUAGCAUCGUCAUCACCUCAGAGUCCAAUCCUUUCCUGUCCUCCCUGAGGUUCAAUUACCGUAGCAAUGGAUCCCGUCUGGCCAAUGGCAGCGUGGCAAAAGGGUCUGCCACCUCUGACCUGGCAGGAAGUGCGCCGAAGGCAUCUGCCCUUCCCUCUGCUUCUGACUCCACUCCUCUGUGCUGAAUCACCCGCUGGUCUGUUUCGUUUGUUUUGUUCGGUUUGUUUCAGUUCGCUUAUUUCUCAGUUUUGUUCUUCUGAAUAAGAUCCUUCUGAAGCGUAGCUCCAAGAUGAGUCUGGCUGCUUCUGUCCCUUCUGAUAAUGUCCUCUUCACCUUUCCCUCAGCCACUGCACACAUUUAAAAAUAACUCCAUGGCCACCAAGUCUCUGAGGUUAUCACAAAAACUGCCCACAUUAUGAAUUUAUAAGCUCCCAUGACAUUUAUUGCUGCAAAAUGCAAUCUGCUGCCAAUGUGCUUCUGUUGAUAGUGACAUCAUGCAUCCAGUCAGGUGGUUGGUUGAUAUUUAAACAACCUGCAGCCUACAUCUUGGACAGCCAAGAGGAACAUUGCAGGAAUGUGUAAUUGAAUGUCUGACUUACAUCAGUGAUUGCCGAAGUCAGACAGUUAUCCCAGAGGAAGUCAUUAAAAGUUGUAGUAUUACAGUAAGAUUUCUUAGUCAACAUCAUGCUUCUACACUCACAAUUAUGCAACUUUGAAGAAAAGGUGAACAAUUGUAUUAAUCUUACUUUGCAUUCUAUGCAGGGCUUGAUGACUUUUAACAAAAUUGAAUACAAUGCAUGAAAUAGAGAAGCUGUACGAAAAGAAUAGGCUUGCAUCCUAAUGCCGUCUUUUCAAUCUUGCUUAUAGAAUUACAUUAUUGGCAUACAUUUUUUAUUAUUAUCAUCAUCAUCAUCAUUAUUAUUGUGGAAAUGACCAAGAUGAUAAAUAUAGUAAAAUAAGAAAACACCAAACCAUGUACUAAACACUAGGGGGAGCUACCAAGUUUUCAACAGUGUUUCUCCCUAAACUGGCCCCAUCAAUGCAUACUAACCUAUUGGCCCAAUGACAUCAACUGGCUUGGCUGGUGAUUGCCUACUGUAGACACCUGUUUUGAGGGUGGCCAGUCUUGUAUGUGAGUGUGCUGGUGGGGGGUCUGAAACUCAACCCUAGUGUGUGGGACAGACUUUUUCCUCGACUCAGUCACUGGAGCUCAAUAUGUGACUGAAUCAUUAACGCGGUAUAUCGUCACUAUAGCAUGGUCUCGUACAUUGAUCAAUUCCCUAUGUCUCCUCGGUGGAGGAAUGUAGUGGCUGGCCUUCUCUUUAGUCUAUGUAUAUCCUUCUGCCUUUCCAUCAGUUUGCUGCCCAGCAUUGCUGCUAAUCAAUCGUAUUAGCACAGGCUGACAGUUGCACUCUUACUCGGUUGUUUUGAAAUCUACCCUGUGUGCUGUUGACAUUUCCUUUUUGUUUCAUUUUAAUCAAGGAAGGUCAGGUGUAGGUGUAUUGUAGAUAUUGAUUUUUAAUACAUUAAAUUGAAUUAGUUCCCUUGUUUGUUUUCUCGUGGAUUGUACAAAUAUGAUCUGGAGUCUAAAUCAGUGGAACAAGUUAGUUAAUGUAAAUCCAACAUAAAUGAAGCGCUUGGACAUGGCAAGGUAUUUAGUAUGUAGCAUUAUAAGAACAAACACUAAGCAGACAAUGAUAUACUCUCAGGAAAACAAUUCAUGGGUUUCAUCAGGUCCCUUUCCACAGGUGUAUUAAUCAAGCACCAUACAGUCUGCAUUGAUAAUUAAGGUGCUUGAUUUUAUACACCUGUGGAAAGGGACCUGAUGAAACCCAUGAAUACGGCCCACUGUCCACAAUAUCUCUCCCCUUUAGAGUGAUUGAGCCUGAUUAUGUAUUGUGGGUAGAAUGUAAGUGAAGUGUUUGUAACAAGAUGGAACCACUUCCAACAGUGAUUUUUACUUCAGGAUCUGCGGGCAAUAUCUCAGUCUCCUGAGUGCAAAUUCAUUACCUACGUCUCUCUCCAUAAGAGUCAUCAUCAGCAGGGGGCAGCACCUUUAGAUAAUCAUUAUUCUUAUCAGGCAUUUCUUUUCUUAACAUGACCUGAGACGAGACGAGAGCCACCUUGUCAAAGAAAGUCUUUAAAAUUUCACACUAGUGGGAGACACAAAGGUCAUAUGUCCAAAGGUGGACCAGAACUUUACUUUACUGAUUAAACUUUCUGCAUAAUUGCAUUUUUGAUUUCAGGUUCUUCUUGAUUAUGCUAAGCAAUGCUGUUUUUACCUCAAUUAUGUGGAAGUGAUUCACUUGUUCGCAAUUCAAAUGUCAUCAUCAGAGCUAUACAGGGAACUGGGAAAAAGUCAAGAAAAGUGUUCUAUAGGCUACCAAAAAUAUGUGUAGAGCAGGUUUGUGUCCAUCUAUCAUGAAAUGCUUUGGUGGUGUGUUGCUGCAGCCAUGGUCAGAUGUUUGAGUUCCUUGCUUCAUCCUGGUCAAAAUGUGUUGGAUUGGCCAAUGUGAGUGUCCUGCUGUGAAGCGCUAUGAAAAGGUAUGCCACAGUGGGUGGCAGCAUUGUCACCCCAGGGGGUGUUAGUGCUGCCAACAUGGUUAUUGUCAACAUUGUGAUGGCUUAGGGCUAUGAAAAGGCAAGGCUGGUGGGAGGGUGAUUGGAGGAGUAACUGAGGUGUACUUUUGACCGCUACCACGUUGUAGGCUACUUCUCUAUUUUGUUGUGAGUUCCCAGCCAUUGUUUUUCUGACCUAUCUGAAUGUGUUAGUCUUUUUGAGGCUUUAACUAAUUGUAAUGUGGACAAAUUAGCAUAACCUAUAUUUUCAUUAUAUACAUGAUGUGUAUUUUGAUAUAUUGUCUUAAUGUUGAAAGUCUUAAGUAAAAAUGCUAAAUAUGUUUUGAAUUUUUUGAAAACAUUCAAGUUCACACUUAUUAUUGCAUUAACUGAGGUAAGCUAGUGGAUGGCUGUGCCGUCCAAACUUCACCGAACCAGCAAUGAAAAACAUGUCAGUGCGGUCAGCCGUGGCUUCUAACCCCCUUGGUAUUGUGCCCAACUCCCACACUCAAAGUCACACUUUCAAGCCCGGUGGGGGGGCCGUUAGAUGCACUCCUGGUAGAGGGAGUGAUUCCUAGAAGUAGCUAGAUGGCUCGGCAGCUCACUGGUCAUUGAGCCUGACCGACCCUCAACAAUCCUCCCAUUGCCCAUGACCUUUUGACCUUUUGUAUGAUUAAAGCAAUGUCUUUAUUUAUUGGCUCACAUUUAUUUUUUAUUUUGUUCUGUUGUACCUGUGGUGAAGUGUAUUCUAUCUGUAUCUGAGAGUAGUGUACAUGCCGUGGUUUAAUGAAGUAUAACAUGAUGUUGAAUGUAAAUAGUAAAAAACUUCCUUGUGCUUUGAUAAGAAAAAGAAGGGGAAGACUGUUUCCUCAUUGUCCUUGGGACUCCGUCACAAUAUUCUCAUAGCUGCUUUUUUUACGCCUGAUUUUACUUUUUUUAGAACAAAUGUAGCCUUGUGAUGGAGGUACUUUCCCUCACAUACACCACUAAGCCACUGCAGUGGCAUGGCAUCUGCAUGGGCCUGAGCAGACCUCCUGUCGAGUCCACAAAACCUGCAGUAUGUUCAGCUCUGGCUCCUGUUUUAGCCUGUUUUUUUUGUAAUGAGGAGAAUG